UGAGGUUUUGUUUUCAUUCAUAAUUAAAAUUAUUUUUUUUAUAAAUUUUAAUUAUUUUUUAGAAUUUUUAAAGUUAGGAAUAUGAAUUAGGGAGGGAAAUUUAGUGAAAAGAUUGUGAUUUCGACCAUUUGUUUCGGCUUGCAGUUGAUUCGAGACGCUACAAGGAGAUGAGACAUGGGAAUCUGCCUCUCAACUAUGCACAGCUGAGUUCUCUCCUCUCCCUCUGUGGUCGGGAUGCCAAAUGUCGUCUCGGCUCAUCGCUUCACGCUGCUAUCAUCAAAAAUGCCGACCAUUUUAGCUUCGACGGCUGUAGCAAUCAUCGCUACGUCAUGGUUGUGUGGAAUGCGCUGAUCUCCAUGUACUCCAAAUGCGGCCUGCUGCUUGAUGCAACGAAGGUGUUUGAUCAAAUGCGGUACAGAGACUCGAUUUCUUGGAAUUCGGUCAUCUCAGGCUGUUUGAUUAGGAAUGAUUGGGAACGAGGGUUCCGGUACUUCAGGGAUAUGCGGCGCUCUGCGAUCGGGAGUUGCGACCAUGCGACCUUCACGACUGUUUUGUCGAUAUAUGUGGAAAUGGAACUCCUUCUUGGGAUCACAAUGGUGCAUGCUUUGACGAUUCGUAGUGGUUACGAGCAGGCGACUUCAGUAGGGAAUGCUCUCAUAAGUGCGUACUUCAAACAUAGGUGCUCGAAUUCAGCACAAAAGGUGUUUGACGGAAUGCUGGAGAGAAAUGUCAUAACAUGGACCGCUAUGAUUUCUGGACUCGCUCAAAGCCUAAUGUGCAAGGAGAGCCUGGCGCUGUUUCAACAUAUGCGUCGUGUUGAACAAGCUAAUUCUUUGACAUACUCAAGUUCACUACUUGCAUGCUCUGGGUUGGUUGCCCUUCAUGAAGGACAACAGAUUCAUGGGCUCAUAGUGAAGUCUGGGUUUCUCACGGACCUGUGUGUUGAGAGCGCUCUAAUGGAUUUGUACGCAAAAUGUGGCAUGAUGGAAGUUGCACUUCAGCUCUUUCAGGCUUGUAAACAUCCUGAUGAUGUCUGCCUCACGUUGAUUUUAGUUGGUUUGUCACAGAAUGGAUUGGAGGAAAAAGCAUUUAAGCUUUUUGCUGAGAUAGUUGGGUCCGGGAUGGAGAUGGACGCAAACAUGUUCUCAGCUGUGUUGGGUGCAUUUGGUCCCUCUGCACCCUUCUCUCUAGGCAAGCAAAUACACUCGUUGGCCGUUAAGAAGUCUUUGGGAUCGAAUGUUUUUGUUUCCAAUGGGCUGAUCAACAUGUAUGCCAAAUGUGGCGAAUUGCAGGACUCCUCCAAAAUUUUUAAACAAAUGGAGAUUAAGAAUUCAGUGUCAUGGAAUUCAAUUAUAGCAGCCUUUGCCUGUCAUGGUCAUGGUUCAGAGGCACUUCGGCUAUACGAGCAUAUGAAAGCAGAAGGCAUGGAGCCGACAGAUGUCACGUUCUUAUCCUUGCUUCAUGCAUGCAGUCAUGUUGGUUCUAUCGAGAAAGGUAUGGGCUUCUUAAAGUCGAUGUCCUUGGAUCAUGGAAUCAUGCCAAGGAUGGAACAUUAUGCCUGUGUCGUGGACAUGCUGGGUCGAGCCGGACUUUUGGAUGAUGCCAAGAGGUUCAUAGAAGAUCUACCUUUGAAUCCUAAUGCUCAUCUUUGGCAGGCACUGCUUGGUGCUUCUAGCAUUCAUGGAAAUCUGGAAAUGGGAAGAUAUGCAGCAGAGCACUUGCUUCUCAUUGCACCAGAAUGCUCCGCUGCUUAUGUGCUGUUGGCAAAUAUAUAUUCAUCCGACGGGAGAUGGGAAGAACGAGCUAGAAUUUUGAAGAUGAUGAAGGAGAUGGGGGUGAAGAAGGAUACAGGAUCAAGUUGGAUUGAGGUUGAGAAGGAGGUUCACAUUUUUGUUGUGGAAGAUAGGGUUCAUCCCCAAGCUGGGCUCAUCUAUGAGGUAUUGAACGAGUUGGUUGCACUCAUUAGAGAUCAGGAGCAUGUGCUGCAUAAAAGGUCUCAGCUAUAUGGCAUCAAAAUGUAGGAAGGUAGAUUGUUAUUAUGGGAGAACUUGGAGAUGUAACCUGUAGCUGUCACAUCCUUGGAGAAGGGCAAAAACUAUGUUAUCUUGAGAUACUUGGCCAUCAAAAUACAUGCCGGAGAAACAAUAAGAUUAUAGAAGUGCUAUCUCUACAGAUUGGGUUAGAUGGAAUCUCGAAACAGAUUGUCUUGGACAGGAUAUUGAGGUGGCAGAUUAUAUUGGAUGAGAGAACUCAUUUGUCCAGUCAAGUCUCAAACUAAAGAUUUGAUACUCGACUUUUGCCAAUGAUCUACUUCUCCAUAAGAGUUAAGACUCCAGUAUUCUUGUGAAUUCUUUUGAAGUUUUCUGUGAUUCAUCAGGGUUAUCUGCAAAGUUUGAGAAAAGCAAGUCUUUCUGUGCUCGAAGCGGAAAACUGGUGAAAAAUUAGUAGAGAAAAAAUAAUUGCAGAAGCGAGAAGAGUGCCAUUAAUCUCCCUGAUUUUGGUACUGCAGGCUGCAAAAGUUAGUAGAGAAAAAAUAUUGCAGAAGUGAGAAAUUGGGUUGGAAGUGCUCUCUUUUUGCUGACACACUCUGCUGUCGAAUGGAAUAGAUCUGCUGUCUUAUAACUUACAAGCUGUUUUGAGUAAUUGUGGUGCAUCUUUAGAAAAGCAGUAUCGCUUGAGGUUAAAUGGAUUCAUGAUCUGCAUGCAUAUCAGAGAACUCCAAGUCCAAGUUAUCCACAUGUGGUCUCGGAAGAAUAUGAAGGAUGAAGGAGGUUUUAACUGAAGCACAGGAAAUGUAAGGGGAGAAUUUCUAGCAUGAUUGCUGGAUGGAAGAUGAGGCAAUUGGACUGAAAAAUGAUCAUUCUGUUGUUGCAGAAGCUGAGAUGAUUGUUAGUUGCAAAUCGUACUCGUCUUUUGCCAUGUCUACAAAUUCAAAAACGCCUAUCAUCAAAACUGAAGCUGUUGGGAAGAUUUGGGUGUCACAGGAAUUGUCUGAAGCGAGCGCUGGUUCUAUGGUUGGCAGUAGAGGCUCAAUGGAGUUCUUGUUCCAUUUUGACAUUACGAAGCUGACGUGUAGCUUUUUUCCAUUGCAGAUGUAAACCUUGGAAGGAAGCAAUUGAGGCAAUUCUAUGGUUCAGAUCAGUUGAUUCUCUGGUACAAGACAAAAAAGAACACUGAGCAGAAGUAGAAACCUGUUUUAUUAGCAGCUGUUGUUUGUAUGAAUCGUGACAAAGAAAUCGUAGAUUAUCUUCAGAAGAGAGCUCAAGAGUAAUGGCGUGAUGCAUCAAGUAAUCUCCUACAGCCCAUGUUUGUUUAAUCUUGUGAAUCCACAAACUUCAUUUCAUACUUUGCUCUAUUGGGCUGUUGGGGAAAAUGAUCUAUAACAUUUUUUUCAUUUGAUAGUUCA